AUGGAGCGCCUUCCAGGCUUCAAUGUGGCGAACCACUUCGAGAAGCGCCGGCUUCUCAUCGCCAUCAACUGCAUCGCCGCUUUGUCCAUUUUCUUCUUUGGAACGAGUUACGAUCAAGGUAUAAUGGGUGGUAUCAACAAUUCGAAGCAUUACAUCGAUUUGAUGGGCUUUGGAUAUGUAGAUGAAAGGACUGGUGAGCCGGUGGUCACGGACAGCCUCCUACAGGGUGGGAUCGUCUCUGUGUACUACCUCGGCACUCUCUUUGGCUGCCUCCUCGGAGGCUGGGUUGGCGAUAAACUCGGUAGAAUCAGGGCGAUCGCUAUCGGUGCUGCCUGGGCCAUUGUUGGUGCUGCGCUGCAGUGCUCAGCCCAAAACCACGACUGGAUGAUCUGCUCGCGCGCCGUCAACGGUAUCGGCACAGGCAUCCUGAACGCUAUUGUUCCUGUCUGGGCAACCGAGACCGCUGAACAUACCUCUCGUGGCCAAUUCAUCGCCAUUGAGUUCACUCUCAACAUCUUCGGUGUAGUGGUGGCAUAUUGGCUCGAGUUUGGGCUGUCGUACAUUGACAACAACAGCUCGGCGUUCGGAUGGCGAUUCCCUAUCGCAUUCCAGAUCGUUCCCCUGCUCGUGUUGCUUAGCUCCGUUUGGUUCUUCCCCGAGUCACCUCGUUGGCUCGUCAAGGCUGGACGUGAUGACGAAGCCCAGUACAUUCUUCGCCGACUGCGUGGGUCAAGCGAAUUUGACCGAGAAAGGGCCCAUGCUGAGUAUACUGACAUCAAGAACAUUGUGCAGCUUGAGACCAAGGAGUCAUCUAACAACUCGUAUCUCCAUAUGUUCUUCGGAAUCGGAUCUGGAGAGCUUCACACUGGGCGACGUGUUCAACUUGUCAUCUGGCUCCAAAUUAUGCAAGAGUGGGUUGGCAUCGCUGGAGUUACCGUAUACGCACCAACCAUCUUCCGCAUUGCUGGCUUCGACACGCGCAAGAGCCAGUGGAUUUCGGGUCUCAACAACAUCCUUUAUAUGUUUGCUACGUUGAUAUGUGUAUACACGCUGGAUCGCAUUGGGCGACGAUGGACCCUCUACUGGGGCUCGGUUGGGCAAGGUAUCGCUAUGUUCCUCGCAGGAGCGUUUUCCAAACUAGGACAGGAUGCUAGAGACGCCGGCGAUAUCGACAAGGCGAACUCUUAUGGUGCCGCGGCUGCCGCAUUUGUCUUCAUCUUCACCUCUGUCUUCGGAGCGACAUGGUUGACUGUUCCCUGGCUUUAUCCUGCUGAGAUCUUCCCACUGCAGGUCCGAGCAAAGGGCAACGCUUUUGGAGUCUUUGGGUGGUCUAUCGGUAAUGGAUGGCUAACACUGCUUUGUCCCGUCAUGUUCUCCAAGAUCGGCGAGAACACGCUUCACAUCUUUGGAGUCUGCAACAUAAUCACAAUCCCCAUGGUGUGGGCUCUCUACCCCGAGAGUAACCAGCGCACCCUUGAGGAGAUGGAUCUUCUUUUUGCAGCUGAUAGUCCUUGGGUUUGGGACGCUGAGAGGAAGUUUAAGGAGUUGAAGGAAAAGCAACCUGGACUGGUCACGGCAUCUGGUCACAGGCGCGAUUGUGAGGUUAUGGAUGUCGAACCUGGUGUAAAGGCAGGCUCUGGUGACGAGGUGCACAUCAGCACAUAA